GUAGUUUAAAAUUUGUGUGUGCUGGUAGCAUUUGUAUUCCUUGACUGAUGUGGAUUUGUGGGACAUUAUGGAUUUUUUCGCGCCGGCGCGAAAUGUGCUUGCUUCCGAUUAGCUGCAGAAUUAGUUCGCUUUUUUCAAUAUAAUUAAAAAUGUUAGAUGUUUUUGCCGCUUAGAGUUAUUCGUCAAAGUGUAGCGACUUAGAUUACAACCAUGUUCAGUAAUUAAAAACGUUUCGAAUUAAAAUUAUUAUGUGCGUGUAUUGAAUUGUGGAAUUAACUACAUAUUUCUGCGAUUUAUAUUUCUUAUUGAAAAAAAAAUGGGUUCUAUUGUUUUGAAAAGUUUAUCCGUGCUUUUGGGAAUAUUUUUUGUAUUUGUCGGAAUCACAAAAUUAACACCUAUGAUAUCGAAAGAAUUGCAUAAGGAUUUGAGAAAGGAGUAUGUUAGAUAUGCAAAAGUAUUUCCACUGACUGAUACGUUGGACUUCAAAUUACCAUCGAAAUGGUACAGGAGGACCGUGGGUGGUUUAGAAAUAUUAUUUGGGUUAGCGUUGGCAGUUGCACCUAAUCAUAAGUUGAAGAACGCCGCGAACAUCGGUCUGGUGUUGCUAAUGAUCCUGGCGGCGUACUCUCACGUGAUGGUGGGCGACCCGUUCGACCGAUGUGCGCCGGCUCUCGUAUUCUUUUUCAUGCUCAGUGGGAGGCUCGUCGUUUGGUAUCAGACGAGUCGACGUGAACAGCUAGAGAAGUCCGCCACAGCCCAGAACGGCAACGGACUAAAGAGGGAUUAAAUGAAGACAUUUUAUAAAUAAGCUACGUUAGCAUUAAUGAGUAAUAUAUUGAACUUUAAAAAUAAGUUAAUUUUAAAUUGUCAAUAUUUUGUUCAAGCAUUAAUUGAUCUACAAUUGUGAAUCCUGUGAUUUCGCUAGUCAAAUCUGUUGUUAUAUGUUGCAUUAAUUUGAUGUUACUUUUAUAUUGAUGUUACAAUUCUGUACAAGGCAUGAAUAAGUUUGAAAAGUCAUCGGUGAACUAAAAUGCUGGUAUGUUCCUUUUUGUUUAUUAACACAAUAAUGAAUAUGUUUUUAUUCAUUUAUUUAAAAAUCCUCGAGUUACGAUUUUUCUGUGUUAUGAAUGGAUAUACAGUACGACCGACGUAACUUGGCGAGUCUGAAUAUAGCCGCAGGUCAACUUUCGCGCAUGUACACUUGUAAAAAAAAGUAUUAUUAGCAUUCAUUUUUUUAAAUCAAAAUACGAAUUAAAAUUUCCAUAUACAGGGACCAAGUACAAAUAAAAUGAAUAUCAAAACACUAUGAGAGAGAAAGCUAUAAAAAUAACGUAAUAAAUUAAAGAGAGGUAAUAAAAAAAUAAUAAAUUAAGACAGAAAGCGGUAAAAAUAACGUAAUUAAAUUAAUUCGAAAGUAAGCCCGAACACUGCCUUCAGUUGCGAUCCGCUGUACUGUGCGUUGCGAUACACCAGAUCGUUAGCAACUCUAAAUAAAACUGUCAACAUCUUUUACGCCUUCUUCUUUUUCUUUUUAAAAAAAAAAUCAAAAAUUAUGUUUGUCGGCCGUCGAUUUAAAACACUAUUAUGCUUUGGUGGCAUCUUUGUUAACGAAUAGUAUAAAUGCCAAGGGACACUCAAUACUAAAACAAAUUUAAACACAAACAAUCUUAAAACUAAACAAAAAACUGAGCACUAAACAAAAACAGUAUAAUAAUAACAAAUCAAUGAAAACUUUUGUAGCCGCCCGUACUCAAGACAGAGAUAGCGACACGAACACGACACUAAUGCUAGCGUGUGAGUGAGACACAUUACCGCAUACCGAGAAUUACCGAAUUUAUACGAUGUCAAGAAAAGGGAUGUCCAAUAUGCGUGUUUGAGGAUGUUGUUUAAUCGAUUUUUUUUCAAAUUGAUUAAAAUUUAUAUAAAAAUAUAUAUUUAUAUUCCAUUUUAUAGGAGGUUUAAAAUAUUCACGAACAGUCCCUAUUGUAGUAGUUGUUGAUAAAUAACUGAUAUUCAACUAAAUCAUGUCUUUCAACCAAGAAAAUAAAGUGUUAUUAGUUUUUUUUUUUUUAUUAAAGAUGAAGUCUCGUUUACUAACGACAACAUUCAAUAUGUUUGUAAAUCUAUUUCAUUCAUUAUCUCAUAUAAACAAAAAUCAAUAAAUUCCAAACCGAUAAAAAUCGAUUGUGAUAUUUGAUUGAAUAAAGGGACGAUUGUGUUUACAUAGAGUCAAUCCCUAGCCUAGACCUCCGCCCCGCGCACGUUGCUCAUACCACCAUUUGGUUCUUAAAAACGUUUGUGCGCAGCCUUCUGCGCGAAGUUCGGACUCGCCAAGUUACGUCGGUCGUAUUGUACAUAGGUUUUAAAAAUAUUUUUAGCAAAAACGCUGAGUAACUGCAGCCUUUAGUUCGGAUACUGUAGUCAGCGUACUUAGUGCGAGUUUUUUAACGUUUUCGAUAGCGUAAAAGUUAACUCAAUUUUGUAUGGAGUAGGAACGUUUACCUACGUUUGCCGCUCUGGAGCGCUCUGCAUAAAAAUUUGAGCUAGCUUUACGCUAUCGAGAACGUUAAAAAACUCGCACUAAGCACACAGGUCUAAUAACAACUAGAAGUCGUCGUGGCCUAAAGGAUAAGACGUCCGGUGCAUUCGUAUGUAGCGAUGCACCGGUGUUCGAAUCCCGCCGGCGGGUACCAAUUUUUCCAAUGAAAUACGUACUUAACAAAUGUUCAGGAUUAACUUCCACGAUGAAGGAAUAACAUCGUGAAAUAAAAAUGAAACCUGCAAAAUUUUAGUUUGCGUAAUUAUUGGUGGUAGAACAUAUAGGUACCACCACCCUGCCUAUUUCUGCCGUGAAGCAGUAAUGCGUUUCGGUUUGAAGAGCGGGGCUGCCGAUGUACCGAUAAACGUGAGACCUUACAACUCAUGGCUCAAGGUGGGUGGCCAAAAACCCAUCAUAAUUUAUUCAAAUAGCAAUGUUAGUUCACAUCCGCGAAAUUUCGACUUAUCCACACGCCUUGUACCCGAAUUGUAAUGUAAAGUGUGUUCGGUUGGCGAGACCAUUAUCAUGUUGAUAUUCGAGCUGAUAAAUGGGAGCUCGACUGAAGUUUGUCACUCUCUCGCCUGUCAGCGCACGUCGCUACAUCAUCGUCAGGUCCUGUUAUAAAACAACCUUUGUUUACAUUUAUACAAAACAAAAAAAAACCUUAACACGUUGACUACCAUGUAGGUCACUGGUGCCCUACGCAGCGCGCUGAAAUAAUCAUACCGAUUUUUGUUGCUAAAAUUUGGCCUUCUUUUGUUUGUUAAUCAUACAUUAGUUUUAUUCUUUUAGGUCUCUUAGAAAUAGAUUCAUCCUCAGUAUCUUCGGAUUCGUUUUGCCCAGAGUCUACUAGAUAUUCCGGCGUCUUGGUAAGAAGAACUAUACAUAAUUACUUGAGUGCGCCGCGUAUGGCACCGGUGAUCUUAAUGGCAAUCAACGUGUUAAAUAUAAAUUAUUUGUAAAGUGAUAUUAAUUUAAGCGAUAAUUAAUUUUCGUGUAGAUAUGUAGCGUGUUCGAUGCGUGUACAAGUUUGUUAACUGUAAUGGUGAUACGGUAAGGGUAAGCCAUUGGAGCGACGCAAAAAAAAACAACAAAUUAACAUAUUUUGCUCAAUCGUAGAAUAAAGUAAUGUCGCUGUUGCUUGUAAUACUAAAAAAGUAUUUUGAAAUGAUUAGUAUAGAUUAGUAUGUCGUCGAUCCUGUGUUAUCAUUACAUCAAAUCUUAACUUAGUUGAAAUAUUAUGAUAAACUCGGGCAUGCUUUUUUUGAAUGUUCAUCUAACUUCCGUCGGACUAGCCCGUACGAGAAUAUUAAUAUCAACUUCUAACAUUGGUAUCAGUGUAGAUACUAUAACGAUACCAAAAAUAUUAACCUAGUAAGAUACACAACGACAUUGCUGAAGAACUAGAAUAAUUUUAUUUAUAGUGAAGAAGGGUGUAACAGCUCAUUGCCCGUCUGGUGUCCACGUAGCCUAUAUACAACGUGUCGCAACCCACCAUAAGACAUGCAAAGACUAAAUUAUAAAAAAUGUCGACUGUCCUUGAAAUAAGCACAAUAGUGGGGACCUAAAACGCCGAUCUUAGUUUAAUACUCUGAGACUUCUGCUGUCCAUUUUCCGGAGAGUCCCUCAAUCGUCUUAUAAGUGAUAGGGUGGUAGGUUAAGCCAAAUAUUACACAAACUUUUAGAUACACGGUAAUUCGAAGUUUGUUAUGGUGACUUGUACUAAGACUGGCAGGUGGGAGCUGCGACCAAUUAGUCCAACCAUAAAUAGUCUGCACGACGAAGAAAGAAUUUUCAAGCUUUGCGGAUAUUUUAUACGAACUAGUUCAAAGGUUUAUUUAGACCCGUACCUGGUCCGCCACAGUCUCUUCACUUAAUAUAAAAAGAAUUAUGAAGUUUAUGGGGUAAUUUUCGGAAAAGAAGGCAGACAAGGUUGGAAAAAUGCUCAUCAAAAAUACAUACCUAUUGUGUGAAAUCCAGCAAACUAUUGUCAUGUUUGUCAUACUAUUAUAAUACAUCAAUGAAUUGUGACCUCACUGGAAGAGACAUUAAUCAUAAUAACUAUUUCUAUACUAAUAAUAUUAUAAAGAGGCAAGAUUUGUUUGUUUGUUUGUUUCGAAUAGGCUCCGAAACUACUGGACCGAUUUGAAAAAUUCUUUUUCCAUUAGAAGCCGACAUUGUCCCUGAUGAACAUAGGCUACUUUUUUUAUUUUAUUUUUUAUUUUUAUUUUUUUGUUUCAUGUGUGUUUUAAUGUUUCCGAAGCGAAGCGAGGGCGGGUCGCUAUAUCAAAUAAAAGGCUCGAAUCAUUUUAACUCAUUUCUAUACAGAAGCUUUGUGUUCAUAGACAUAAGGAAAAAAAAGAUUUGCUUAAAUCAGGACCGAGACUCUCGUUGUACAGGCUAAGUCCUUUAGAAUUUAAUUAAGGUAGUCACUAUUUUAACGUUUUUUAAGCUUUUAUUAAUAAUGUGCUAUAGUAUUUACCUACGCUUUAUUUUUUCUGUACAAUGUAAGCUUAAUCUUAUUUGCAGUAUCUAUUCAUAAUAUUAAAUCACUUUAUGUUCAAGCACUAUGUGAUGUGUGGUAUUAGGGUGUGAAUGUAAUAAAUGAAUAAAUGGAAUAAAA